GGCGCCGCAGCCUGCCAGGAGGAUGCAGUGGAGCGGGAGCGUCGGCGACUGUCCGCCUCGAAGUCCGAGAAGGCCGUCGCCCGGGAAGAGACGGAGGAAACCAGCGCCGACAGAGAGCGCACGGUGGGCCUACUGAGCCUCUUCCCCCAGGCGCGCCACUGGGGCUCCAUCCGCGGGGUCGCCACGGACGAGUCGGAGAAGACUCAGAUCGACAAGGCGGUGAAGAAGGCUGGUGACGGCCUUUGUGGCUCCAAGGUUGGGUACGCCUGCAAGAAGGGCCUCAAACCCGAGAUGCCGAACCAGGACGACUUCUGUAUUUUGGUCGUUGACGGCGUGAGCAUUUUAGGUAUUUUCGAUGGCCAUGGUCCACAUGGCCACGACAUCGCGAACUUUGUCCAGCAGCACUUGCCGAAGAGCUUCAUACAGCACGCGAACUUCUGCGACGAGCCAGAGAAGGCCCUGAUGGCAGCCUUCCCGGCCACGCACCAGCUCUGCGUGGACUCUCAGACCGAGUGCCGGUUCGACACUGCCCUCAGCGGAACGACGGCAACCCUCGCGAUGCUGAGAGAGGGGCGCGUGUACCUUGGGCAUGUUGGGGACUGUCGUGCCGUGUUGGCGCGAAGGCGUGGUAGCGAUCUUGUCGCGGAAGACCUCACCGUGGACCACAAGCCGACUGUGGAGAGCGAGCGGAGGCGUGUGCAGGCCGUGGGCGGGGUGGUGCGGAGACUAGAGGGCGACCUGCCCCACCGCGUCUUCCUCGCGGGGAAGAUGUACCCUGGUAUGGAAGAGUUCUUCGAGAGGCAGACAGCGGCCAGUCUUAGAGUUGCCACCAACGAGGAAGGCGUGAUCCUUGCCAUGCGCUGCCGGAGCACUGGGCUAAGUUGGGGCAUGGCGGUGUCGAUUGGGUCCAGGUGCCCAGAGGAGCGCGUUAUCUUCUACGAGCAGUACGAGGUGACGCGGGGUCGGCAGAACGUGCGCAGGUGGAUCGUGAUUACCGAGCCUGGAUCAAGGUAUUGGAGAGAACCACUGCUCUGCACGAAGGUGGAGUGGCAGGGCAUCGUCAGCAUGUUGUUUGUCAGGUACGUCGCCCUGGUCACCAACGCUUCAGAUGCUUCUCAAGCUGACUGUUGCCCUGACGAGUUGGCUACAAGUGGCCGCGACCCAGAGGGCCUUUGCACCUCCGACCCGCAGGUGUCGAUCGAUGCUCGCGGACUGGAGUGGCAGGUGCCGUUGGCCAACGUCAUGUUGCAUCGCAUCCUCGACCGCGCUCGCCAUGCUGUCUUCCUGUUGGGCAUUGCGCCUGCAUUGGGGGCUCCCGCGGUCGCGCGGGAGGAAGUCGACAGGAGGCGCUGGAGCUACGUGGUGGUGCUGCGGCGGCGCUUGCUGGCUCCAAUCGGGGGUGUUUUUGGCGUCAGUUUGGCUUUCGUUUGGCAGGCCGCGAUGGCGUGGCUGAUCUUGGUCAACGACCGCGAGCUCGUCGUCGCCAGGCUGGUUGUGAUAGUCCUGGGGCAUGCCCGAGAUGCAAAUCAGGACCCGAGUUCUUGUUUCAUCGUGUUUGGCUGA